AUGUGGCUACUCCGAGUCCGGGCGGCGCUGGGAGGCCGCGGGCCUCGGCUCGGGAGACAGGUAAACUGGAAGAGCUGCCGGUGGUGUUCAGCGCUCGUUCCCAAUGAGAAGAUCCGCAACAUUGGCAUCUCCGCUCACAUUGAUUCUGGGAAAACAACGUUAACGGAGCGUGUGCUUUACUAUACUGGCAGAAUAGCCCAAAUGCAUGAGGUGAAAGGUAAAGAUGGAAUCGGUGCCGUCAUGGAUUCCAUGGAGCUGGAGCGACAGCGAGGGAUCACCAUUCAGUCUGCAGCCACCUAUACCAUGUGGAAAGAUGUGAACAUCAACAUCAUAGACACACCUGGGCAUGUGGACUUUACCAUAGAAGUAGAGAGGGCCCUGCGAGUGUUGGAUGGCGCCGUCCUGGUUCUCUGUGCCGUUGGAGGUGUCCAGUGCCAGACGAUGACAGUCAACCGUCAGAUGAAACGAUACGGUGUGCCGUUUCUCACUUUCAUUAAUAAACUGGACCGACUGGGCUCCAACCCGUCCAGAGCCCUGCAGCAACUGAGGUCUAAGUUGAAUCAUAAUGCUGCAUUUGUCCAGAUACCCAUUGGCUUGGAGGGUAAUUUUAAAGGCAUCAUAGACCUCAUUGAGGAGCGGGCCAUAUACUUUGAUGGAGACUUUGGCCAGACCAUCCGAUACACUGACAUUCCGGCGGAGUUUAGGGCAGUGGCGACUGACCACCGCCAGGAACUCAUCGAAUGUGUGGCAAAUUCAGAUGAGCAACUCGGGGAGAUGUUCUUGGAAGAAAAGGUCCCCUCUGUGACAGAUUUAAAGCUUGCAAUCCGAAGAGCUACCAUUAAUCGACUGUUUACACCUGUUUUUGUGGGAAGUGCUUUGAAGAACAAAGGGGUGCAGCCUCUUCUGGAUGGAGUCCUAGCGUAUCUCCCUGACCCAUCCGAGGUUCAGAAUUAUGCCAUUCUCAAUCAAGAGGACUCUGAUGAGAAAUCCAAAGUCUUAAUGAGCUCCAGAAGAGACAAUUCCCAACCUUUUGUUGGCUUGGCUUUUAAACUGGAGGCUGGACGAUUCGGACAACUGACUUACGUCCGGAAUUAUCAGGGUGAGCUGAAGAAAGGGGACACCAUUUACAAUACGAGGACAAAGAAGAAGGUCCGAGUGCAGCGCUUGGUCCGGAUGCAUGCAGAUAUGAUGGAGGAUGUUGAAGAAGUUUAUGCUGGAGACAUUUUUGCCUUGUUUGGCAUUGAUUGUGCAAGUGGAGACACAUUCACAAACAAAGACAAUAUGGAUCUUUCCAUGGAAUCCAUCCAUGUUCCUGAUCCUGUCAUUUCUGUUGCAAUGAAGCCUUCUAACAAGAAUGAUCUAGAGAAGUUUUCAAAAGGCAUCGCCCGAUUUACAAGGGAAGACCCUACAUUUCGGAUCCACUAUGAUCCCGAAAGCCGAGAGACGAUCGUUUCUGGAAUGGGAGAAUUACACUUGGAGAUUUAUGCUCAGAGGAUGGAGCGAGAGUACGGCUGCCCCUGUGUCACUGGAAAGCCCAAGGUCGCCUUUAGAGAAAGCAUCACUGGCCCGGUCCCGUUUGACUUUACUCAUAAGAGACAAUCUGGUGGUGCUGGCCAGUAUGGGAAGGUGAUAGGUGUCUUAGAACCUCUAGAACCCGAGGAGUACACCAAACUGCAAUUCUUGGAUAAAACUUAUGGGACAAAUAUUCCAAAGCAGUUUAUUCCUGCCAUAGAAAAGGGGUUCUUGGACGCGUGUGAGAAGGGCCCCCUCUCCGGCCACCGGAUAUCUGGAGUUCGCUUUAUAGUACAAGAUGGCGCCCACCACAUGGUGGAUUCUAACGAGAUCUCCUUCAUCCGCGCCGGGGAAGGCGCGCUCAAGCAAGCCUUGGCCAAUGCCACGCUGUGCAUCCUCGAGCCCGUGAUGGCGGUGGAGGUGGUGGCUCCUAACGAGUUCCAGGGCACGGUGAUUGCAGGGAUCAACCGCCGCCACGGAGUGAUCACGGGCCAGGACGGCGUCGAGGACUUCUUCACUUUGUACGCAGAUGUCCCUCUGAACGAGAUGUUUGGCUACGCCACCGAGCUCCGCUCCUGCACCGAGGGGAAAGGGGAGUACACGAUGGAGUACUCCAGGUACCAGCCGGCCUCGGCCACCACACAGGAAGAGCUCAUCCACAAGUACCUGGAGGUCACGGGCCAGCUCCCGGUCAAGAAGGGGAAGGCCAAGAGCUGACUUUCCCCCCCUCGAGCUGAGCAUCGGGCCUGGUUUCACUUCCUCUGCAGCCUCCAAAGUGCUUCCAAUUCGAUGGACUUGGGGUGGGGGAUAAGCCGAGGAGCCUCGCCACGGGGGGUGGGGUGGGGUGGGGGGGAUUCCCCCCUUUUUAUUCAGAAGCCACAAGAGCCAAUAUUAUGUAAAUGUCAGCCGGGGAUCGGGGUUUUAGUUUAUUGUAAAUGUCUAUUAAAAACAUGAUUAUACUGUAGCACCCAAA